CCGCGCGACAUAAUCCCACGCAAAUCCCCCCAUGGUUCGGGUCAGGCCGGCCACCGUCGUCCAAUCACAACAAGGGGUGACGGGAAAGCACGCCCCACCCAUGUGACGUAAACGCGGCCAGCAAGCCUGACAAACACCGAGCCGGACGUGACAAAAGCGUGGGUAGGGGAAAACCGCUCGUUGAAUUUUUAUUCUAAUGCACAAAUUGACACUUGAUCCUUCAAAAACACCAAAGUAAAUCGCUUCCAAACUUCACAAAACUCCAUCCAGACGUCGGCAGCAAUUCCGCAUUUCAUCUAGACGAGAAUGAUGGUGUUUCAGCGCUCAGAAACGGUCGGAAAAUCGGAGUUUUAAGAGGUUUUCUGGGAGAGAAUUUACGACCCCCAGCCAUUGCUUUUGUCUGGCGUGUACGGUCGUACCAUACGGAGAGAUAGACACUGUGCCCCGUGUGUGUGGGUGAUUGCGCUCCGUGUGCCGAGUCCGUCAAUGCCGAUGACAUAGUCACGCUACGAGUUUGCGACGGCGGUAAACACAGGCUGAAUUAGGUUUGAAUUGCGAUGUCUGGAAUGGCGGCCCAUCCUACCAACACCACCCCCAUCAAUCCCAGCAACCCUAGCGAGUAUCAGCUUUACCAGGUCCUGGAACGAGCCAACCUCUUAGGUUACUUCAACAAUUUCAUCCAGCAGGGUGGGGACGACGUCACCCAGCUCUGCGAAGCCUCCAAUGAGGAGUUCAUGGAGAUCCUAGCCCUGGUUGGCAUGUCAAGCAAGCCGCUACACAUCCGACGUCUGCAGAAAUCGCUGCAGGAGUGGGCUAAGGAGAACAACGUGCCUUACCUUCAUAGUCAGGCACAGGCUGCCACUCAGUCGCAGCCACAGCUAAAUAACAUGCCGUAUGCCUCGGCACUGGUGGGUCUGCACCCCCAGAACCAGAGUGUGGGGACUGUGGGAUCACAAUGGGGGGCUGGUCAUUCGUCCACCUCCGGUCAGUGGAAUGCUGACCAGCACCACUCAAGCCCCAGUGAAUCAUCUGGACAGGCUCCACCUUACGCUCACGGCGUGUCGCAACCUGCCAGUCAAACCCUGCAACAGGGCAGGACUAGCCAAAGCAACAGUAAGGGAGCAGCCUCUGACAAUGAGGAAUGCACGGACCCGCAGACAUUGAGAACAGUGGCCCAACGCAUCAUGGGUUCUCAAAAACCCUCCCUGAUCACCCAGACCAGCCAGAACAGGAAGCUCCUCAACAGCGUUCAGCACAUCUUGGAGAUGUCCCUGGACCAUCCUCAACGCCUGCAGGAGAUACAGAAGUGGGCACCCAUCUACGGACGCUUUGACUCCAAACGCAAAGACGAUAAACCUCUCACGGCACAUGAGAUCUCAGUGAAUGAGGCUGCCAUCCAGCUGUGCUGCCUGGAUCCCUACCUUCUUGUGCAGAGAGAUAGGCUGUUUCCUCUUGCCAGGCAGGUGGUGCGAGAGAGUGGGUACCAGUUCAAGCACGGACACUCCAGGUCAAUCAAGGUCAGUAAAAGUGACGACAGAGGCGGACACAGAGCCAAGAAAGUCAAAGUUGAAUCCGGGACGAGCAGUUACUCCGAAGUGACCACGCCAAACCCACGGACUGUUCAAGCAGAGAUUCUUAAGCUUAGGAGAGAGGAACGGAUGAACGAGAUCCUGAUCAACCUGAACAGCAUCGUGCAGAAACAGAGCGACAUCAAAGCCAGCAUAGCAGCGGCCCGGUCUGAGGACAACAUCCAGCAAGUCUACGAUCUCAAGGUUCAGCUAGAGAAACUCACCACUCAGCAGCUGUUGUUGAUGACCGAGCAGACCGACUUGAUCAAGAGACAACGUAGAUCUGACAGAUACUACGUGGCCAAGGCACGGGCAGAGGAAGAGAACGGGGACCCAGCCGAUAGGUCAAGUCCUGAGGCCACACCAGAUGACCACCUGACCGAUCCUGAUUGGGUACAGAGGUCAGUCUCCACAGUGCAAUCAGAUUCACCAGCUAUAGAGGGCGCUAGAACCCCAUCGGACAAGCAGCCACCGAAGAUACUGGACAACUCGGACCUUGCGCAGAGUUUGUUCAUACAGCAUACAUUAAUGGACGAGGGCUUGCGGGUUGCGCAGAACUAUGCUCUGGACGCGCGACGCUGCGUCCAAUCCGCAAGGCCGGCCAGUGAGAAUGGCCAACCUGUAGUGAAGACAGAGAGGCAGGAACCAGACAACCGGGAAGAGGCCGUCAACAGGGUCGCCGAGUCAACGAUCACAGCGCUUCUUAGCUUGUCCAGUAACAAAAAGACAGAGACGUGAACAUCAGGAGGUGCACGUCUCAGAAAUUUUGGAAAAUUUAAAUUUUUUAAAAACUUUGCGAACGUUUCAGACUUUGAGGAUAUAGUGCUUUCCUUUAAAGGUGCUUCCAUCAUUCAAUGAUGUAUCAAGAGUCAUUCAAGACCGAGGCAGUUAUAUGACAAUACUGCCCUCUAGUGUCUUCAAUAGGGCAAUGCUCUCACAACAAAAGUUGUGCGCCCUCCUUUUCAUUCCAUUGGACAUUUACAAAUCAUUGUUAGGAAUGUUUGUUGUUGAUCAAAAUAUUAUGCAUACAAAUUGGAAAGUUGCCAUUCGUGACAAUUUCCUAGAGAUUAUUUCCUAUAUCUCAAGGGUUGCACAUCAUUGAUGUUAAAGUCGUCUGAAAUCAUCUUUUCUACUUGUUAAAUAAAAUUGUAUUUUAUUUAUGAAUCGAUGAAGUGUUUCUUUUUUUAUUUGAGGUCUGUGAAAGUUGCAAGAUUGAUUGAUGCGACUAGUUGGCAACUUUUCCAUGCGACUGAAAGAAUACGGAACUGCAGUAAGACAUGACGUACAGUGAUUGCUUUAUAAUGCGAACAACUUUACAAUGAUAACAAAGUGGUCACAAUUUCUUCAUUCUUUAAUGGUUUAAUUCUCCUUUUUGAAAUUCCAUGCCAAAGUUUAACUUUCAAUGAGCCAUUCUGAAUAAUUUAUAUCCAAUUCAGGUAAAUAUGCCAAAAAAAGGUAUUAUUCAAUUAUUUACACGAGUAUUCUGCCCCCACAAAUCUUUACAA